AUGCAGGUCCUUGAGGAAUUUUGGGCAUCUCGUCGCGCGACGGAUGCUUCAAGUGCGACACAUUUUGUUGUGGGGAAUGAAGCGGCCGACUUGGAUAGCAUCGCGUGUGCCAUUGCCUUUGCAUUCUUUGAGCGUGAUCAAACAUGGGUCCCAGUCGUCCAAGCACGUCGGGACGAUUUGCGGCUGCGCCCAGAGAACUUGGCAGUUCUGGAACGAUGUGGGAUCGAGGCUUCGUCUUUGUGCUGCUUAGAUGAGCUACCAACCAUGUCACGGGACAAGCAUGUUGUAUUGGUAGAUCACAACCAGGCGACGAAGUACUUUCAGCAAGCGACCAUAGACAGGAUCUUUGAUCAUCACAAGGACGAGCACCAGCACCUGAAUGCGCGGCGCGUAAUAUAUUCGCCAGACGACGCUGGAUCAUGCGCGAGUGUUCUUACCAUGCACUGGCGUCCUGACGAUGUGCCCACAUUUGUGGCUGACCUGUUGUAUAUGGCUAUUCUUCUCGAUACAGUGAAUUUUAAUCGCAGGGCUGGAAAGGCCCAAACUCUUGACUAUGAUGCACAGCGGUGCCUCGCGCCCCAUCUUUCAUUUCCUAUCGAACACCAAGAUGCUCUCUUUCAUGACCUGCAGCGCAUGAAGAAUGACACGUCUCAUUUGUCAACGACCGAUCACCUUCGUCGUGACUACAAACAAAUGACAUGCGCUGCGGCUCACGGUGGUUGCUGGACGAUCGGAAUGGCAUCUGUCACACUCCCGUUACGUGCUCUUACCGAAGCAGGCGGGUUCUACGACGAUGCACUCGCUUUUGCUGAAGAACAUCAAGUCGAUGUCCUCAUGGUGUUGGCCGGCUACCAAGAUGAACAGGCGGCGUGGCGCCGCGAGCUCAUGCUAUUGGCAUCGGAAGCCAAUGCGAAGCGUGGCGUGCAGGAUCUGGCUGAGCAGCUCAGCUCACUCCAAUCGCACAUGGUAGAUCUGGAGCCACUCGACAGCGUGGCUCAUGAUGCACGGCCAGAUCAAAAGCGUGAUGCAUACUUUGCUGUCGCGUGGAACCAAAAAGACCUUCGCGCGACUCGCAAGCAAUUUGUACCGGCUAUCCAGGAGGUGUGCCGACACGUAGCACGGUCUUAA